AUGAAACAUGUAUAUGAAUCACUCAGUAUUGGAAGCCUUGGUAGAAAUAAAUCCUAUGAGACAGUUGAAGAGAUACAUGUGCAAAACUGCAGCUUCAUUGGCACCACAAAUGGAGCAAGAAUCAAGACAUGGCCAGGUGGAUCAGGUUAUGCAAGAAAAAUCAUGUUUGAGGAAAUCAUAUUGCAAGAUGCUAAGAAUUCAAUUAUUAUAGACCAACAUUACGGCUUUAAAACUCUAAGUGAAGUGGGAGAUGAUGCAGUGAGGGUGAGUGAAGUGACUUAUAGAGGGUUCAAUGGAACUUCUGCAAGUGAGAAAGCAAUUAAUUUGAACUGUAGCCCAUCUGGUUGUUUCAACAUUACAUUGGAUCAGAUUUACAUUGUCUCUUCAAAAUCUUCCAAUUCCAAAGAUGCUUAUGCUUUUUGUAAGAACAUUGUUAAUGGGACGAUUGGAUCCACGGUUCCUAAAGUUGCAUCAAAAUCUUUGAAUAAUUCUUGGUCGUAA